AUGGACAAAAUAGCUGACGUUGCUAAUAUACCAAGUGGACAAAAGAUAUAUAAAUGGACGAUUGAGCGAAAAUUGGCGCAAGGCGAUUUCACCCAUGUGUACGUGUGCAGCGGGCAGAGCAGCAGCUCGGCAUACACGAAAUUCGCACUGAAAUGUGAAAAAGCAGAUAGUAAUCUUCAAAUGCUCAAAGUUGAAGCAUAUGUGCUGCAGAAAAUUGCUCGUCGCGGCUCUCGCCAUUUUUGCGACAUCGAGGAUAUCGGAAAAUAUCAUUCUGUUCAUUAUAUUGUUAUGCAUUUGCUUGGUCGAGCCCUCGUGGAUUAUUUGAAAGCGUCGCCGACUGGAACAUUCAGCGUGAAUUGCGCAUUAAGCGUCGGAAUUCAAAUAUUUGAAGCGCUAGAAGAUCUCCACAAUGCUGGUUUUAUUCAUCGCGAUUUGAAACCAUCGAAUAUUUGUAUGGGCCGUUUCGAUCGCGGCGAACUCGGCAAAUUGUAUUUGUUGAGCUUCUCGAUUGCUCGCAAAUAUCUCGAUUCGAAAGGCGAUAUGCGAAAAGCGCGGCCGAGUGUGGAAUUUCGCGGAACUGUUCGAUAUGCCUCGCAGAAUUGCCAUCAAUUGCAGGAGCUCAGUCGAAAAGAUGACUUAGAAUCGGCAUUCUACGUUGUCGUCGAAAUGAUAACCGGCGUUUUGCCGUGGAAAGGAUUGCCGGAUGCUGAAACCGUGGCUCUGACGAAAGGAGCAUGUCGAAAUGUGCCAGGAAUCAAUCAAUUAUUGAAAGGAGCGUGUCCAUUCGAGGAAAUGAAGGAAGUGAUGAUGUCGAUCGACUCGCUCAAUUACAUGUCGACUCCCGACUAUCAAUUCAUUUAUAAUACAAUUCGUCGUGCGAUUAAAAGAAUUGGAAUCCCCGAACAUCCAUAUGAUUGGGAAUUGGGCGGCUCGAAUUUUAUGCCUGAUCUUGUCUAG